AUGAAUGACGAUGACGACGUGGAAGAGUUCAGCAAAAAGUAUGUGGUGGAAAAAAGGCUUGUUACACAGUACCUGGAACAUCUUCGCGAACUAGAAAGAAGGAAAAAAAAGAGGGAAGAUAACAGAAAGCGCGCAAAUCUGGAAGAAAAGAGAAAGACCUUUGAAAAUUACAACUGGAAAGCUAUUUACAGAGAAGGAAAAAUAAAGAAACUGAAAGUUGUUGUAUUGGACAUGUAUAUAUCAAUGAGAAAUUUGAAGCAGUCGAAAGGGGCGUUAAAGCAAGAAAAAGUUGACAUCGUAUCACUUGACAUAGCAAAGUCGCUAGUCCUUGAUAACCGUCAACUUUCUGAUGAUGACAGAGAUAGUAACGACCAGGAUUCUGGUGACGACGAUGUUGUCGUGCAAGAGAUUGGAAUGAUGUACUAUUUAAUGCAUGUAUAG